UUUAGACUCGAAGCUGCGGAAGAAGGGCCGCGAGUUCGGCCGUGCUCCGAUGGCCUGAUACGUACUGCGAGACGCAUUCAUGAAGCUCCACUGCCCUGACUCGUCGAGUGAGUAGUAGAGUUUGUGACAUUUCAUUGCUCGGUGCUGGUUCGAGGUGAUGGUUCGAAGGCAGCGUCGAACCAGCGGGAUGACGCGACGGUAGGAUAGGGGAGGGAAAUACUCGCCGUGUCGUACCCCGUCGUGCACUCUCUUUUCUCCCUGGCAGUCGCUCUCCCUUCCUCUCGUAAUGCGAUCAUCCGCGAGAGUGGCCUCUUCGCGGAAACGCCGUAGUGAAUUGUCUGCUCGACGACGACGGUGACCGCACGAUGACGACGACGACAACCAAGACGAAGACGAGGACGAGGACGAUAACAAUGGCAAUGGCAAGCGAGUCUACGUCCUCGAAAACGGACGACCGUCAGUGGCGCGAUACCACCAGGAACGUCGUGCUGCGAUCGUCUCUCCUUCGUGGCGGCCGUUAAAUCGGCGUGGGUCGAUCGAGAGCCGGGGAGAGUAGGGAGAGGAGGAGGCGAUUUUUAGCCGGCGGAGGGAACGGAGAGAGAGAGAGAGAGAGAGAGAGAGAGAGAGAGAACGCGCGUUUCCUCCUCGAGGAAACGGGCCGAUUAACAGUUGGCCCGAGGGACGCGAAACGAUCGAGUCGGUUUCUUCGGUGCAGUUGCGAGCCUCGGCCUCGGCCGAGGCGCAAUAAAUAUCGACCACGGGAGUGGAGGCUUAGCGAUGCGAAAAGUGGACCAUUCGAUCGGGCCACGUCAUAUCUCCUAGCACCCGGCAUCGUCGUCGAAAAGGCGCGAGAUGCAUUACGAUCGUGACAUGUGCACGUUCCCGGGGGGAUGAUUCGUGCGCUUCCAAUUAUCAGCGCGCGAAACCCCCCGGGGGUCAGGUUUGCGCCCAGACCAUCUCUCGUAGUAGGUUCUUCGUGAUUUAGACAGAACGUUAAAUUGGUGCGAUGAGGCUGACGUCGGUUCUCGGAAUCACGUCGAAAAAAUGCUGGGGCGGGGAUUGAAGAAACGUUGGUAUAAGGGUGCGACUAUAGCAGCGGCAACGCUACAAAAUAUAGCAUUUCGAAAUGUCGGUAUAUAUAGGGGAAAUGUAUAAUAUCAAUUCUCUAUAGUUCCUGUCAUAUUGAACUAUGACCAACGGUACGGUUUAUCUAUAGUAGUGCUAGAAGUAUCAGUAGUAACGUGGAUCUCACAUUUCGAUCUCACAUAUGCAUAUUGAUGAACGUUUCGGAAUUGCUGAUACAUGGUAGUACGAUGAUGCAUUUAUGGCAGUGCCAACGCAGUGAUAGUGUAAGGUGAUAGUGCUCAUGCGACGCAUUGCACUUUUCGGAUGUCCUACCGCACUGUUAACGCAGUAUUAAUAUAUUAAGUGGGCGUGCGGGGGUGACUGGAGUGAUGGGAUGGGGCCAGAGCCCCAUGGAGUUCGGGUAGACCCGUCUCCGGCCCAGCUCCCCAGCCCCCUCCGCCAUCGAUAUCGACACCGCUCCUGCCAGCGACGCAGAGGGCCGCCUCGAUCGCGAUGGAGGCCUCUAGCAAUCAACAACAAAAAGAGAAGGAGCCACGCGUUCACAGGCCUUACGCCUUCGACAAGAUGGAGGGGCUGGUGCGGGAGAUGCAAGACCCUGAGAGCGGGGUACCCGUGCGCAGCCAAAAACAAUUUCUCACCUCGAUCCCUUCAGCGUUCAUGGGUGAGUGCCAUCGGUACCUGCGUUGUGGAGUAAGCGUAAGCGGCCAUCACGGCCAGGACACUACAGUAGGCUGCCUGCGUGUUGCAGGUUACGACCUCAUCGAGUGGCUGAUGGAGCGGCUUGCCAUCGAAGAAUCAGUAGAGGCGGUCCAUAUUGCUAAUCAACUAUGCCAGUAUGGCUACUUCUUCCCGGUGAAUGACUCCAAGACACUUACUGUUAAGGACGAUAGCUCUCUGUAUAGGUUUCAGACACCCUAUUAUUGGCCGUGGCAACAUAGAACCCCCGACAACGUGGAGUACGCGAUCUAUCUGGCUAAACGAACUCUGAGGAACAAACAACGUCACGCUCUUGAGGAUUAUGAGAUCGAAGCUUUGAACAGCCUGCGUAAGAACUUGCAGAAUAAGUGGGACAUAAUACAACUACAAGCGGAAGAACAGGCUCAGGUACGCUUAUCUAAGGAGCGCAAGAAAGGUGACAAGAUAGUGAGCGAUUCACAGGAACGAGCAUUUUGGAGAGUAUAUCGGCCACCACCUGGUUGUCUCAGUAGCCUGGAAGUCGUGCCCGUAUCCACUCGUUUUCGUCCUGGACUUCCACGACCUCCGUCACGUAAACGCACUCUCACCGAUCUGCAACGUGAGGUGGCCCUUCUACGGAACAGUUUGAUACGCACGAGGAUAAAAGUUUCGACUGCGAUCGAAAAUUUGAAAUCAUACUUCGAAACGUACGUGGAAUACGAUCCAAUGUUCGUACAACCGCAUCCUUCCAAUCCAUGGGUCACCGACGAUCAUACGUUUUGGCAAUUGAAUAAUAGCUUAGUGGACGUUCCUACAGAAAAACGCGUUAAACGAUGGGGGCUGUCGAUGGAAGAACUUAUGUCUGAUCCUACAGGUUUACAAGAAUUCACGAAUUAUUUAAGAAAGGAGUACAGCCACGAGAAUAUAAGAUUUUGGCUGGCGGUCAAAGAUCUCAGGCAUAGUUUUCAAGCACAAAUACCUGACAAAGUCAACGAAAUUUUUAGAGAAUUCCUGGCACCUGGAGCUCCGUGCGAAAUCAAUAUAGACGGGAAAACGAUGGAGAGGAUUCAUCAGGAAAUGAAAAAUCCGAGCAGAUUUACGUUUGAUUCCGCCGCGGAGCAUGUAUAUACGCUACUGCUAAAGAAGGACUGCUACCCUAGAUUUAUUCGUUCCGAUCAAUAUCGUAAUCUCUUAGCUGCCGGCGUGCAACCUCUGCAGAAGAAGAGAUUUUUCGGCUUCGGCGGCCAAGCAAAGAAGAAAGUCUCCUCCACUUCGACACCAACGUCUAGCACUUUGCAGCACGCUAACAUAGGUAGUGGCGGCAGACGAAGAGGAAGCGACCGGAGUCUGUCUGGAAGCGCCCACGAGCUCGCGGUGUGCGGCGUCCGUGACGUCAGUUCCGCGCCGCGUGUUCCGCACUCCCACAGCCAAUCGAAUCUCACCGAUAUCCCAUACAGGGGAGAUCUACCACGACUCGUAAAGAUACCUUCGAGGCCUAGUCCACGUAGUAUUCAGGAUGCUGGCGCGACGGAAGUGGCAGUUCGCCCUAUGGACGACGUGUGCCCGUGGGAGGCCGUGCCGGGCCCGAGCACGGAACACGGGGCAACGGGAGACGCCGUGUCCUCUGGAAAGACAGUGUCAGCUGAUCAGGCCCGACACGUGUGGGACAGUGGCGGUCACGGGACGACCGCACACUCCGUCGAGGCGCGUGCCUCCCGGAAGAAUUCGGCACAGUUGGACUCGUGCAGCUCGUCGUCGGACGUCAGCCUUGCUAUCGCGGACGUCUCCGAACGGUUGCGGAAGUCGUGUAGUUUGCAACAUAGCGGUAGUAUAGGUACAUCGACUUCAGGCCCGAUAACGCGAAAUUAUUCUACCUGCUCAGCGAGCGGUCGUAUCAGGCUGGCCGAGAUAGGUCGUAUAUCCGUGUCAUCCUGUAAUUAUCCGUCGCCCCAACAGUCAUUCGAGUACUCCCACGCGGUGGUCGAAAAGGUGGAAGAGAGAUUAUCCCUGGAGAAGAUCGUGCCCGAGGAGGAAACUGUCGCGGAAGCCGUCGUCGUCAAGGAGAGCCAGCCGAGUCCUAAGACGAGCGCGAAGGCGCCCUUGAUCAGCAUCAGCGCGAUCGUAGGCGAUCUACCGAGUGACAAUUCCACGAUGGAGAACGCCGACGAGGACGCGAGCGAAAGCUGUACGGCGAAGGAUGCGGGAGAGAUCGUGGGUGAGGAGAAAACAAAAGGCGAGGACUCGCGGGCCGACACCGGAGCGGACGUGUCACCGGUGGCCGAGGAACCGGCGACGACCGAGGUGCUGCUGCCCGAGGAGGCGCAGGUCGUGCCUGUCUGGGAACCGGACGCCCAACAGGAGGACCGACCGGCGACGGCGCAGGCAGAGCCUCGGGAGAAGCGUGACAAUAAUGUUAACGAAGUAUGCCCGUGGGAGGACGAGGAAAACUGUAGAGUGGAUGCACCCUAUGUAAAAACUUAUGCGACUUUAGGUUACUUGUAAUUUGUCGUUGAUAUUAAAUCUUGCAUUUUACAUUUACAACAUUCACAAAUUCGAUUUCCACUUUAAUCCACUUUACUGAUCUCGCGUGUCCAGACCUUUGCGCGACGAAGCUUCGAUCGCUUUCCUUAAUUAAGCAAAGACACAAAGCAUCUUUUGAGAACAAAGUUUACUUACGCGGAAGGAUUUAAUAAGACGAGUCGAUUUAAUUACACGACUACUGAUACUAUUCAAAUGCUGCAGACGGAUUUUCACGAUAUUGCGUCGGUAAUCAUGAUGUUGCGUGCAAUGACAAAGAUUGCGACAGUUCGUUCGAUAGGAUCGAUAACGCGAAAAUAUGUAUGUCGCGAGACGAAAAACGAGCAUCGACGUCUAGUCUCUAACGUUGCAUCGAGUAACUGUAUUUAUAUUAUACGUAUGGCCUAACGAUCAGAUUCGUUUGCUCGAGAUUGUCAGAAUCCGUGAUGGAUUCUGAUUAAAUCUCGACGCACGAGGAGAAGUCAAGGACUUGGAGCUCUUUCAUCCUUUCCGAUUGCUAGAGUUAUUUAAUCUCUACUGUUUGUACCACAACAUCGUCGGUAUACGUGAGUAGUAUUGAAAAAAAAAAAUGCGCAAGAAUUAUUUGUGAAGGAAAGGGAUUGGGCGUUAUUGUUUAAAAAUUAGAGUGCAGUCUCCAAUGUUGUUCGUAGAUUAACGUGUAGAUCAAUGUAGACUAGGUAGACCAGGUAGAUUAGGUAGACUAGCAACCUAGAAGAUGUGACAAGUAGUAGAUAGAUCGUGUCUUUCUCUCUCUCUCUGUGUUGAGUAAAAGUUUCAAUGGCGACGUGUGUUUGCCGAGCAAAAGUAAUAAAAUAAAUUCGAGUGCGCGGAUUGGGAAACUCGUUAUGCUCAGUUCGUAUCACGUGCAAACGCACGCUCGUAGAGUGCUAGCCAAACUUGAGCCAUUUGGCCGCUCUCCAUGGUCGCGCUUUUCCCGGAUACUCACUUUUCCGCGAGUCACACCUCGCCGAAACUUUACGUUCCGAUAUCCUCGAAGUCUACGUUACAGAACGCGAUUUCCCCCUUAGAGACGUAAAGCGUUUCUCCAAUUCAACCGCGAAGUUCGCGAUUGACGAUGUUGUCCUCUGAUGACGUCGCAAUUAUUCUUAAAGUACCUUGUUUACUCCCGAGAUACAUUUUGCAUCCCAAUACGCGACGCGUAUACAUUAUUUAAAAGUGCACGUCUCCGUCUUACUUAUUAGAUUUAUCGCCUAGAGUUAGCGUGUCUAUACGCAGUGUCUUACGAGCGUUCGAUAUUAAUUAUUGACAAAUUAUCGUGACCUGAUAUAUCUUAAGUGUCUAUUUCAUGUUAUGUACCAUAGUUCGCCAUUUGUCGUAAUCGUGACGGUCGAGUUGAUUAAUCGAUGGCGAUUACGGUGACUUUAUGGCGUUUUACUCGUUGAGCCUCGCUUGAGCGAGUUGCGAAUUAAUGAUAAAAAAAAAAAA